AUGUGCGGGUUUGGCCAUUCCCCGCAGCAAGGCUAUGAUAGUGAGCAAGGGUGUAUGGGCCCCCGGACAGUGGGGUUUACUUGGAGCUACCUUACCCAGUAUGCAAGGUGA